AUGUCGAAUACCAAAGCUUCACUGCAUAACCUCCCGGAGCUCGUGCGAGAUACCCAACUCACCUCCGACGGCAAGCAGCACUACACCCUUCACAUCCCGUCGUCUCGCCGCAGCCCGAAGAUCGAAAGAUGGGUCUCCAGAAAAAGAUUAGGCGGAGGGGGACAGGGUGUUGUUGUCUUGCAGGCCAAAGUUGUCGCAGAAGAGGGCCCGCCUCAGCUGCGAGCUGUCAAGACCAUCACCAUGCCGGAGGGCCCUAGCGAGGCGAACAAGGCGCUGUAUAAGAGAGAGUUGGAAGCUAUGGCGAAGUUUUCUCAAACUAAGUACUCGGAACAAUUUGUCAAGUUUCUUGGCUGGUUUACAAGUCCGGGACUUAUCCAUAUUGCAAUGGAAUAUUGCGGACUAGGCGACCUUGAAAAACAUCUUUCAACUUGCCCGGAUGGCCGUCUUCCCGAGUCGGAAACCCAGGACAUUACCAUGCAAAUUUUGGGUGCACUAACCAGCAUGCAUGAGGAGAAAUUCUGCCAUGGGGACCUCAAACUUGCUAAUGUUCUGAUCAUGAGCAUCGCCCCAUCCUGGUGGGUGAAACUGGCAGAUUUUGGCCUGAGCAAGCGGCACGAGACGAUAGCAAACACGACUGCCGCAAAAGGCACACCGAAUUAUAUGCCGCCAGAGCUUCUUGGAUACAACGGGAAUCCCAGACACGCAGACCCGUAUCCUGUGGAUAUGUGGUGUCUGGGGCAAGUGGCCUUUCGGCUCGCUGCAGGUCAGCCCAUGUUUCCAUCUCAGGCAGAUCUUUCCAAAUACUACUACAACCACCUGAAGUUUAGAACCCACGUGCUCGAGGAACAUCUGAUGGAUCAAAAAUUUAUCCAAUUUAUACAGCGUCUGGCUGCUCCUGAGCCUAGAGACAGGCCCUCAGCCACGGACUACUCAUCGCAUCCGUGGGUUCAGAGCGCAAUUGCAGAUCAUGAUGCUGAUCGUGGUCUCAGCUGUCAAAUGACAGAAAGCCAGAUUUGGCUCUCAGAUAUUCCUAUUUCAGAUACUAAAGAUGACUCCACGCCGUCUGCCUCGUGGCCCGCGGAUGAUGCAACAAUUACAGACAUGACGAGACCGCCUGCACAUAUCUCGGGUGAUGGGGAGGCUCCCAUGCGCUACUGGGAUAGUGAAGCAUCAGCAGCUUGGUCUACGGAGGAAACAAUCGUCUUGGCCCAAGCAGAUAAACCAGUAGUGACUUCACCCAAUGUUGUUGAAGAAAUCUCAGUUCGUAUAUCUGAGGCGGACAUUUUUGUUGGGGAGGGGGACAAGUUACUACAGACAAAAGACUAUGAGAAGGCAAUUGAGCAAUAUAAGACGGUCGACCUGAGUAACUGGUGUCUGAACGCGGCAAUGUUGAAUAAUAGGGCCUUAUGCGAAAUCAAACUGGGCAACUAUCCUGCAGCAAUUGCAGACUGCGACCUGUCCCUUAAUUUAUAUCCAGAUAUGCAACUGGCCAAGGAGCAUAAAGCUCUGGCCACCUCCAAGAUGUCCACGUCGGCAGCUGUAUAUGGGACCCCUGCGAUGAAUGGGAAGAUAUCACAGGGGGUCGAUCUCCGGGACCAGCUUCGACGAUCAGAUAAGAAGAUUCUUCAUAAGCGGGACAAUAGCGCAUCUAGAUAUAUGGUGAAAAAAUUUGCUGAUAUCCAAGUUUCUGAGUAA